CUGCAGGUUACGUGUGUACUGGGCUAGCUUAGCAGUGCUAGGUUACCUGCCAUACGUUACUCAGCCCAGCACAAUUUACGAUGCGUAUUUUUUAAAUGUGAAUAAUGGGAAAAACAAAUGUUCUCCCGGCAUAGAUGAUCAGAAAGAACGUCUUGGACGUCGGGAAGUUUGUGAAAUAAAUACGUGACUGAACAUUUUACAAAACCAAUCGUGAGAAUAGUGCAAACAGCCAGCGAUAGCGAUCGUAAUCGAAGGCGUCCAGCAUGGGGAUUCUGUACUGCGCUGUACGUUCAUGUACAUCUAACUCGUCCUAUAGCGGACUUAGAUUCUUCUCCUUCCCUAAGGAGUUGGAUAGCGCCUGGACCAAGGUGGUGGACCGGGAGGAUUGGGUUCCUAAGAAAAAUAGUAAAAUAUGUUCCUUGCACUUCAGAACACGUGAUAUCACCGGUAGACAUAUACGUCAGGGAGCAAUUCCUUAUGAUGUGUCAACAUAUGAGCAUGGUGAGAAACCUGACAAGGAGGAAUCAGAAGAUGGGGAACCAGAUCAAUGUUCUCAGGAGGAUACAGGCGAAGUUUGUGAAGAGGUAGGACAAGGAAAUACUGAAGAAGAUGAUGACGAUGAUGAGGGAAUAGAACGGAUUGAGUUUGUGCAGGAGAUGGAAGUAGAAGGAGAUGAUGAAAGUGAUGAUGAUGAGAGGACGGAGAGAAGGGAAGAAGGAGAAGUGGGUCGUAAUAUCGAGUAUAGAGGAGUUAUGAUAGAGGAUGAGGAGGAAGAGGAUAUGGAAGAGGAAUAUAUUGAGAUUAAAUCAAGUUCCCGCCCUAUAUUUGAGUACACCUGUAACCUGUGUCAGAUGAACGCUAAGUCUAAGAGCGGGCACUGGUACAACAAGAAAAGAAGAACGCAGAAUCCGUACUACCCAUGUGAUAUGUGUAAAUUUGUAGAAUCAACUCUAGAAGAGUGGAGUGAAGAUAAGGAGAGGGAAACUGCUGUUGAGUGUGAUCAAUGUGAAUAUACAGCGGAGACUCUAGAAGAAAUGAAGCAGCACAUGGAAAGAAUUCAUUCGUCCGGAAGAAAAGCCUCCAGUUCGGCUUUAAAACGUAAGAUUCCUGAAUCCGUCCUGAGAAACUCAGCUGUUUCAAUAAUCAGCCUUCCUGGCUCCGCAGUAACAGUCUCCACUCUCCAGCACUCAGUAAUAUCCAACUCAGCUUUAUCCUUGUAUUCUUCUCAGAGUUCUGAUAGUUCCCUUCCUACGCUCCCAGCCGUCUCCAUCUCAGCAAUACCAACCUCUCCGAGCUCGGAUCGAUCUAUAUCUCCGGAUUUAGCUCCGAGAACUGGUUAUCCCAACUCAGCUCCAACUAUUAUUGGAGUAUUCCCUUGCAGCGAGUGCAACUUUAUCUCCACUUCUCGAGAUAAUAUUGCUCGACACAUGCAGGUGGUUCAUGGUGUUAUGACACAGAAGAAAACAUUUCCUUGUCCUAUUACGGAAUGUGAAUAUAUAGCUGAGGAUUCAACCUCCCUUCGUCGACAUACUCAGACCAAACAUGAGGGUUUACGCUUCCCUUGUGACCUUUGUGACUUCUUUGCUACGAGAAAGUCUACGUUAAAAACGCACAUAAAAAGCAUUCACGAAGGUGUAAAAUAUCCUUGCGAGGUUUGUGCUUAUGCUGCAACCCAAAAGUCGGCGUUGAAACGACACAUGAACACGGUUCACAAUCCAAAUAAAUUAGCCACACGGUUCAGAAAGUAUCAUGAAAUGCCACCCAACACCUCUCUUGGAGAUAUUACAAUCAUCCCGUGAACGGGGACAUUUUUCAUUACAAUUAAGUGUCCAGAUAUCAGAAAAUAUGGCGACAGGAACUUUGAAAAGUGAUAGUUAAACAAAUCACUUGGAUUUGGAAAUCAUUAUCCAUGUUUUAUAAUAAACUGCACUGCUGUGGAAAAUUCUCAAGUGAACCCAUAAAUCGGUAAUUUUUAGCUCCAUGUAACCAAACCUUGAUAAAUGUAUGCGAAUUGAUUGUACAAUCAAAUGUAGACUGUACAAUGUACAUAAAACAAUGUAGGUACUGGUGUACACACUGAACUGUGUCACAACCUACUGAUAUAAAAUUUAUUUUUAGUAACUAAUUAACAUCAAAACAAUUAAAACAAACUCGAGAAGCUUAUUUUUUCAUGUAAAAAAUAUUUCUUGGAGAAGACUUAGAUUUAGUUGUUUUGACAACUCACUACAUAAUAUAUUUAAUAUUUAAUUAUGGUUUCAAAAUUAAUGUUUCUUUAUUUUGAAGCCUGUACUAAUAACUAAAUUAUUUUAUGAUACCUUUGUUUUAUUGAAAAAUUAGUUAUUAUCCCGUUGCAUAUAACACUCUUGCUUUGAUUAAAAGAUAAUGAAAGGAAAGAAUUUACCCGGUUUCUUCUUGGUAGAGCAGAAUAACUUUAUUAUUUAACUAGCUUGAGAACCCAGAUUUGUCUGACAACUAAACUUUUUCAUUAAAAUUCAUUCCGUGGUUCUUCUGAGUUCUUCAAUCAAAAUUUGAAUCAAAUCAGUCAAGGGGUCCCUGAGUUAUGAUCCAGAUCGUACAAACAAACCGAGAGCACUGCUUUUUAUAUAAAUAAAUGAUUUCUCAAUUU